UUUUGGUGAAGGCAAUAUCGUUUGAGGCAAAAGCGAACCAUAAUGAAAGAAGCAACGCUCAAAGGGGCUGGAGCUCCAGUAAAACUACGGCAGUAGCGGACCCACAUUCGCCCUGAAUCCUGAUGCAAGGAAAACCUAAUGGACAUUAGCCCAUCUCGUUCCUUAAGCCCAACACAUUCUCUCUCUCUCUCUCUCGUUCGGCCCUGUGGCUUCCCCGUGAAGUCAGAUCAGCACCACUUGCAACUGGCACUUCGAAUUGGGAGCCCUGUUCUUCAAAUUCCACCUUUUCUUUCUUGAUUUUCAAUUAAGCCGGUGUAUGCGAUCGAAAAUCGGUGCUCCUUCAGUGUUCUAUAAAUCACGAAGGGCGAAUUGUUUCGCUUUCUUGUCAUGCGCCGCCUAGUUUUUCGCCCCAUCUUCACUGCAUCGGAACCUUAUUGUCUUUCUCCCCAAUUUUCUCGACAGUUUCCUUUACUCGGAAAAAUGAAUAACGGCAGCAACGGCGGAGAGGGUUCACUCCAUACUUCCGAUUUGCCCAUUCACUGUGAACGUGUUGGGGCUGAUGGAUCCUCUCCUGGUUUCUCUUCUCGUAGCGAAGGUGUUUAUUCCGAGAAAGAAGGACAAGCUUCCCUACGGACAAAAUGUGGAUGGCAGCAGCUUAAUUCUUCAUCUGUUAGACAUGAGAUGUUUCCAAGAUCAGAAAUACCUAAGUUGAGAAGUGAUUCUGUAGAAGUGGGUAGCAAUGCAAAUCAACCAAAUUCAUUGUCCCCUUCAAGCCCAUCUUAUGACGCUGAAUUCCCUACACUUGCUUCCAGUUUUAGCUCUAGUUCAAAACGUAAGGGUACUAAUUUCAACAGUGGAAGAGCUAGAAUUGAGCUAGCACCAGAGGGAAAGGCAGAGGAAUUUAGUUCACAGCAGGGCUGGGAAUCACCCGAUGAGAGUCUCACUUGUGAGCAGGAUGAGUUUUCUCUGCCUUCUCGGUUUGGGAAGAAGAGUACACCACCACCUAAUUUUAGAAGACAACAGUUUGGACAAAGUCGUAGAAAGAAUGUUACGGGUACCAAUUUCAACUGUGGAAGAGUUAGAAUUGAGCUAGAACCAGAGGGAAAGGCGGAGGAAUUUAGUUCACAACAGGUCUGGGAAUCACCCAAUGAGAGUUUCACUAGUGAGCAGGAUGAGUUUUCUCUGCCUUCUCGGUUUGGGAAGAAGAGUACACGACCACCAAAUUUUAGAAGACAACAGUUUGGACAAAGUCAUAGAAAGAAUGUCAUGGGAAUGAGAAAGCCAGAUUUUUCUCCAAAAUUACAUGUGGUUAAACCAUUUGAUAUCUGCGAGCCAGAAGGUGGAAAUGGCGUUGUAGCAAAUGCAUCUUUGGAUUCAAACGACGUGGUGGAAUUUGGUGAAUUAGAAAACCCCAUAGAAGGUGCUCGCCGGGUUCUGAGAUCUGGGAUGGUAUUAUUAAAAGGUUACCUUUCCCAGAGUGAACAGAUUGAAAUAGUGAAGAAAUGUAGAGAUCUUGGUCUUGGCCCCGGAGGAUUUUACCAGCCUGGUUACAGUGAUGGAGGAAAGCUUCGUUUGCAGAUGAUGUGUCUUGGUCUGGAUUGGGAUCCUCAGACAAGAAAAUAUGAUAAGACACGGCUUUUCGAUGGCUCCGAAUCUCCGGAUAUUCCUCGAGAAUUUGAUCUCCUGGUUAAAAGAGCCAUCCAAGAUUCCCAUGCUCUUAUCAAGGAAGACGAUGUUGAAGUAAGCAAUGUUGAAGAUGUACUGCCUGCCAUGACUCCUGAUAUAUGCAUUGUCAACUUCUAUACGACCAGUGGAAAACUUGGUCUUCAUCAGGAUCGCGAUGAAAGCGAAGAGAGUCUCCACAAAGGAUUGCCUGUUGUCUCUUUCUCCAUAGGUGACACUGCUGAUUUCUUAUAUGGAGAUAGGAGGAAUGCGGACAGGGCAAGCAAUGUUCUAUUGGAAUCAGGUGAUGUUUUGAUUUUUGGGGGGAAGUCUAGACAUGUUUUCCAUGGAGUUCCAUCCAUUAUGCCUAAUUCUGCUCCCAAGUUCCUACAGGAAGAAACAAAUCUUCGCCCUGGACGUCUCAAUCUUACGUUUAGACAAUAUUAAAACCUUCUUGAUUACCCUCACUAUUAAGGAAAAAGAAUGAUGUCAUUAGAUUGUUUACAGUAAAGUUGCAGAAGAAUCAAAGUUGUAUUGUUGAUCAUAAACCAAUGGAAGGUGUAGAGUAACAUGAUUCUCGUUGUUGUUGUUGUAUUAAUUGCAUUUGAUAACUUCAGCUCCCACUGUGAAUGCAUCUUUCCUUUCUUUAGGUUGGGAAAUUGUCUUA